ACAACUCCCCCAGUUCUCAACGCUUUGCCAAGCUGUAUCUUUGUAGUACAGCACGUUGGCCAGCCUAAAUGAACCUCACUUUAAUAUUUGUUUUCUGAGGAUACAAACUCAUGGUAUAGUGGGUUAGCUGACAACGUUACGAAAACGAAGCGCACUCUUCAGUGGGGCAGGACAGUCUGUGAGUUGUGAUUCUGGGUGGCCAGAUAGCUACCAACAACCAUGUGGGGAAUUUUGCACACGCUUUGGUUUUGUUGCUAAACAACCAACCAGUCUAUGGGCAAACCCAACAACUAUCCCCACCAGAAACUACUGAGGCUGACUAUAGACCAACACCUCACCACAGCAUAUUUUAUGGGAGUAACAUGUUGGUUUUCCUGCUAUGGGCUUCACUGUUCCUCUCAAGCCUCCAAGAACAAAAUGGUCAAGAUGGCUAUACCUAUGUAGCUCCAGGUGUCCUGCUUUCUGGACCUCAGAAUGUGAGUGUGAAUUAUGACCUAAAAGGCCAGAGGAUAUCUGUAACAUGGGAAGAUGACCCUUCUUCCUCCAGAGUACCGGACAAACUGAUUUAUGAUGUGGAGGUUCUCUUAACAGUCAAUAUGACUGAAGUACACAGUGAAGCUGUGGAUGUGAGACAAGCCCUCGCCAGCAGGAAAUACCACUGGAGUUGGACCUCGGCUUUACCCCUAGAGUGCACCUCCCACUCAGUCAGGCUCCGCUCCCGAUACCAGAACUACUCCAGUCAAUGGAGCCCCCUACUGACCAUCACUGGGAGGGCCUCAUCACAUCCACAGGUUUUCCCAAAAAGCAGAGUGGUUCAAGUCGAUAGCAACUUUACUUUCUGCUGUAUUCUUGGGCCAGGGCAGAGACUUGAAUACAUGAAAUACAACAACAUUCUAAUGAACACCACCCACAUCAUUGACCAGAGUUAUGCCAUGGUGGUGCAUAUGCAGUCUCCCUCUCCGCCCAGUUGCAUCAAUGUCUAUUGUAAUUCACCUCUGUAUGGCACCUGUGUUUACGUGGGAUAUCCUAUAAUCCCCCCCCCAGACCCCCCUGGGGACAGGAACCUUGUGUGUGAGACCCGGGACCUGGAGUCAGUGGAGUGUCACUGGGACACAGGGAGGGCCACCAACCUGACUAAACAGAGGAUGACUCGUUAUGACCUGAAUGGAAGAGCUUGUCCAAACAGAACAGUCUCAAACUGCUACCAAACAGUACGAGUGGAUCAGGGGGAGAGGAAUUGGACAUUGACUGCCAGAAACCCGCUCGGCACACUGGAGCUCAGAGACACAGCAGACCUGAAGAAAAGAGUGCGUUUACUAGCUCCCGUGGAAGUGGUGGCUUCAGGUGUGAAUGCCAGUGUUCAGUGGCAGUGGGAAAGACCGCAGUACCAUAUACUAUUAAUGGUUUGCCAAGUACAGCUGAACCAUAGUGGGCACAUAGACGUGAGGAACUUUUCUGGCAUAGGUCUUAGGUCAGUAGUUUUACAUGGCCUAGCACCUGCCCAGACAUACACAGUGCAGGUGUGUUGUGGAUUGAAACAGCACUUCUGGAAAUGGGGCGACUGGAGCGAAGGUAGCACCUUCAAAACCGAGGAGGACAUUCCUGAAAUGUUAGAUGUAUGGAUGCAGAUUGAAGGGAACCAAACCAUGAUACUAUGGAAACCCCUUACAGUUAAUCAGAGUCAUGGGCAGAUCAAGGACUAUGAGGUGACCUGGGGAAGGCAGGAGACAAUUCUCCAUCCACCUCAGAAUGACUUUCUCAUCAGUGAUCGAUCCACUGAUGAGGGGCAUAGGGUCACAGUUACAGCCAAAAACUCUGCUGGCAGCUCCCUUCCCUCGAUCAUCAUUAUUCCUAGACUUCCUCACAGAAGUAAAAGCUCCAUGAAAAUUGUUGGCAGUGAUGGUGGGUUUAACCUAUCCUGGUCCGCUAGCCCCAAUUCUAGCUGUGGCUACGUGGUGGACUGGUGUCCCACACAUAAAAAAUGCAGAGUGGAGUGGGUGAAGGUACCAGCUGGUAUAACCAGGGCCAGAAUCCAAUCAGCUAGCUUUGAAGAGGGGGUGAGGUACACACUCUCCAUCUUUGCCUGUACUCCAGGGGCUCCAGAGCUAUGGGAGAGAAGGGAGGGCUAUGUAAAAGAGUGCCUUCCAAAAGGACCGAUUCAGAGGUUGGCUGCAGAACAGCAUGGUUCGGACACGGUUCUGAUCUCCUGGACUGGUAUUCCCCCGGAGAAACAGACGGCGUUCAUUCAUGGUUACAUCAUAUACUACUUUGAUACUUCCAGCAUGAGAAUUUGCAAUGUCACUACAGAUGAGCCUGGGGCCAAGAAUCUGACAGGUAUACCCGUCAGCUCCUACAGAUUCACAGUGAAGGCCCUCACAUCAGUAGGGGAGGGCGGAGACUCUUCACCAGUCUUCCUCCAGAUGAACCCCCAGACUGAUCAGUUGAUCACAGUGAUGAUCAUUUCCCUGGGUUCAGCUGCCUGUCUCCUCGCUCUGGUCACCAUCUUAUGCUACAGAAACUGGAAAUGUGUGAAAGAGAACCUGUAUCCUAAAAUUCCACAGCCAGUAUGGAAGGAGGAAUGGUUGGCACCACUGGAGAGCAAUGGCCGCCAAAUACUGUAUGUGGAUCCAUGUCAACCCAGUGAGAUUGAUAUAGUGUUUAACCGAGAGCAGUCUGGAGAAGCUGUACUAGAUAACAAUGCUGGAAAGGGUGCCUUAACCAACACAAACUCCGAUGUCCCAGCUCUGCAUGGAUACUACAACCAGCUCCUCACCAAGACCACUUCAGGACACUUUACCUUCUCUCCUCACACGAUGGCUACCCCAUUCUCUCAACUCUCAGGCACAAUAAUUCAGAACCCCUCAUACAUCCUAGAAGUACAGGCUAGUUUAGAUAUGGGACAGUCUGUGGGAUAUGAGCCGGAUAUGAACUCUUUCUCCUGUCCUAACCCUGAACUACACAACACCAUGUCUUAUGUGCCCUUUGAGACUGAUUCCCGGGGUUACAAGUUCCAGUGUCACAUAGAAGACAGCUCUCCUCUCCAGGAGUAGAGCUUCUGGGCAGCCCUAUUUCCUUCAGCUCCACUCAAUUCAUAUUUUUGUUCCAGCACUAACACAGCUAAGACCACCAAUUAAGAUUUUGACUGGGCCAUGAUUGCACUGCUGGAAAUAAAAGUGGCUUAUCAAGCAGAAAUAAUGAA